AGUUUAACUGUAAUAAAUGGAAAGAGUAUAUCCCCACAAAGGAAAGCGGAGGAAGGAAGGGAUCAACAUGCGGUUAUAUCCAUUAUUCCGUAGUCGGCGAAACCCUCUUUGAGUUCUCACGCAAUGGCUUUAUCCUCCUCCUCGUCGUCGGCGCCGGCGAAGGGAGUGGUCGUGACGGUGCCGGUGUUGGUUCUGUCGGUUUCUGCGGCGGCGAUCUUCCUCUUCUUCCUGCUGUCCUCUCUCUCUUCCUCUCCCUCCACUUGCACUUGCCCCGUUCCCACCGCCAGCACCACCACAACCACCGCUGAUGGGGCUGAAGCCUACGGGAGGUUUGGCGAGCGGAUCUCGCCUACCGCGGAGGAUGUGAAGUGGGUUAAGGAUCAGAUCGAGGCGAACGGGCUCCGUAUGCAGGAUAAUGUCCUCCGAAAGGGGAUUAACCCCCGUACUCGCGCUCAGCAGCUCCAAGAUCUCGUUCAAUUCAAGGGCAUAUCUCAUUAUGAAGGAGAGGAAUCAAGCAAUCACACGGCUUUACCAUGCCCUGGUGAGCUCCUUGUAGAGGAGCAUCACAGCAAUUAUGGGGAGCCCUGGGCUGGAGGACGAGACGUGUUUGAGUUCCUUGCAGAUUCUGUCCACCUCUCUCCAGAUGCUCGUGUUCUUGAGAUUGGAUGUGGCACCCUUCGAGUAGGCUUGCAUUUCAUCCGGUACCUGAUUCCAGGGCACUUCCAUUGUCUAGAGAGAGAUGAACUUUCUUUAAUGGCUGCAUUUAGGUAUGAGCUUCCAUCCCAAGGAUUACUGCAUAAACGCCCUUUGAUUGUGAAAGGUGAAGACAUGGAUUUCAGUAAGUUUGGGUCUGGAAUGUAUGAUUUGAUAUAUGCGAGUGCCGUUUUCCUGCAUAUGCCUGAUAAGCUUGUUUGGACUGGACUAGAGAGUUUAGUGAACAAAUUGAUACCUUUCGAAGGUCGAAUCUUUGUGUCGCAUAACAUUAAAUUCUGUUCACGCUUAGGAGGAGAUGAAUGCACAAAGAGAUUGAACGAUUUGGGGCUUGAAUAUCUUGCGAAGCACACUCAUGAUAGUUUACUCUUUAAUCAUUAUGAGAUUUGGUUUGAGUUUAGGAGAUCUAAGGCAUAAGAUCUGGCAAACAAUCUUAAUUGCGGGGUUUGGUUAUUUGUGAUCAGAUAGAUGGAACUGAUGAAGCAGCAAACUGGACAGUUGGCUUUUCUUUAACGUUUUUGAGAGGUUCUGUUUCAAUUUAAUAUGAUAUUGCUGGUGGAAGAGAGAUGAUGGCCAAUAUAUGGAUAUUGAUUUGAUGCUGGGAUCUUCUUUCUAUUCUUGAAAAAGAAGUGCUGCUCAUGUAGAUCUUUAGGCAUUUUACUGAUUAUUAGAAAAUUGACCGUGGUAAUCCAUGUUAGAAAAGCAAGUGGCAUCAUGGGUAUUUUGUUGUGAAAAAAAUGCUGUUGACAGUUCAUUAUUUGGCUAUUCUGCCCGAAAGUGCUGGAUGGGAAAACUUGAAUUCUGUAUGUUGAAAUUGUUGUAAUUAUCACCGACGCUUUUCGUCCCUUUGGAACGACACUGUCUGAUGUGCCAAUCUGGGGUCUUGAUUUCUCUGGUAGUUAAAAAUGGUACAAGGACAAUAUUAUGUGGCUAUUUAUCUUUGGCCCUUUUCCCUUUCCCUCUAUUGUCAUGUAAAAUGGCAACUGAUGCUAUUGGGCUAUAUUUACCCCAAAAUAUACAAGUUAGAACUGAGAUAAAUUUCGAUUUAUA